AUGAUAGCCAUUCUGUUUGGGUUCACCUUAGGUACUGCAGUUGGUGCGUGUAAUCGCGCUCAUUAUUCAUCAUAUGGUUCCAGCGUUUACAUCGCUCCACUUCCCUCUAAUUCACAUAACUCACUUGCGUUUAUGGAUAUUGCGCGUUACCGAGCUGGUCUCUUCACAACUCACCAAAGCGUUUGCGGCCGAGUUGUGAUUGAACUGUUUGACAGCAUCUCACCCGUUAGCACGACGAAUUUCCGUGGACUUUGCCAAGGAAAACAUGGAACCUCCGGUACUGGUCACAAAUUGUGUUAUAGUGGGACGCGACUCCUCCCUAAUGAAUGUUUUAUUCGAGGUGGUGAUGUUACAUUUGGCUCUGCAGCCGGCGGUUGGUCCAUUUAUGGCCGAAGUUUCCGCGAGAUGGCGAAGGGCAGCAGCAGCAGCAGCAGAAGCAGUGAUGUAAAGGGAAAGGGACUUGUGUACGCCGUCGGGGCAAACGCUCAGUGGGGCUCUGAAUUUUUAAUAACUGUGGAUGGGUUUACACCGGGGGAAGAUCAUAUUUUGUUGGGUCAAGUGGUGGAAGGUUAUGAUGUGCUGCAGCGGUUGCAGCAGCAAAGCCUUUUGCCACAUGCAAAACGUUUUAUUCAUUAUCGAAUUCUGAAGGCUGGGGUUCUUAAGGAAGCGGAAACGCCCAACUACGGGAAAGGUUCGGCGUUCCUUCGGUUUUGA